ACAACGACGACGAGCUGCACGGCCUCGACCGAACCCUGACAGUCAGUGUGGGCGACAAUUAUUUCCUCAGACUAAUUUUUUAAACUGUACAAUACUUGCGAUUUACAGUCCUCACCCCCCCCCCUCCCUCCGAACAGAUCUUUUCGUCCGUUGAUUCCCUCUCGACUCUUUUUUUCUCUCAUUUUUUCCCGGUCCAGUGCCCCAGCUCUCGAGACCGAAUAUCAGCCUUUCCUUCAUCUUCUAAACCUUCAAUCAUAUAAUACAAUGGCUUUCGGUGGCCCAAGAGGUGGACCUGGUGGUGGUCGUGGUGGUCGUGGAGGCCGUGGAGGCCCCCGUGGUGGUCUUGGUGGCCGUGGUGGUGGACGAGGUGGUUUCGGCGGUGCUCCCCGUGGUCGUGGAGGUGGCCGUGGAGCUCCUCGCGGUGGUGCUCGCGGCGGCCGCGGCGGUCGUGGUGGUGGUCGUGGAGGUGCCCAUGGUGCCAAGGGCGGUGCUAAAGUCAUCAUCGAACCCCACCGUCACGCCGGUGUCUUCGUCGCCCGUGGUGGUAAGGAAGAUUUGCUCGUUACCAAGAACCUGACUCCCGGCGAGGCCGUCUACGGUGAGAAGCGCAUUUCCGUCGACUCUCCUGCCGAUGAGGAUGGCACUGUGACCAAGACCGAGUACCGUGUCUGGAACCCCUUCCGUAGUAAGCUGGCUGCCGGUAUCCUGGGUGGUCUGGAUGACAUCUACAUGCGCCCUGGCUCCAAGGUCCUUUACCUUGGUUCUGCCAGCGGUACCUCCGUCAGUCACGUUGCUGAUAUCGUUGGCCCCACUGGAAAUGUCUACGCUGUUGAGUUCUCUCACCGUUCCGGCCGUGAUUUGAUUGGCAUGGCUACCCACCGCACCAACGUUAUCCCCAUCGUUGAGGACGCCAGACACCCUCUCCGUUACCGCAUGCUCGUGCCCAUGGUCGACGUUAUCUUCGCCGAUGUUGCCCAGCCUGACCAGGCCCGUAUUGUGGGCCUGAACGCUCACAUGUUCCUGAAGUCCGAGGGUGGUGUCAUUGUGUCCGUCAAGGCCAACUGUAUUGACAGCACAGCCAAGCCUGAGGUUGUGUUCGCCCGUGAGGUGCAGAAGAUGAGAGAUGAGAAGAUCAAGCCCAAGGAACAGCUGACCCUGGAGCCUUUCGAGCGAGACCACUGUAUUGUGUCGGGUAUCUACAAGCGCUCUGCGUAAAAAAAAAAAAAAAAAAAAAAAA